AUGGCCGGACCCGCUCCCCACCCAAGGCCCGCAGGCGCACACCCAGUCCACAUCCACCCCGCUCGCCCUCUAUAUCGAUUCUUCGCAACUGGCCUGGGCGCAAGCAUGUGGUUCUUCUUGAUGUACCGCGCGAGAAAGGACGGUGCAGCGCUGAUGGGCUGGAGACAUCCGUGGGAGCAUUGA